AGCUGCUGUGAAUGGUUACAACACCAACUGGUAUUAGUGUUUUAUUCUUUGGAACUGUCACAAAUAUAUAAUAUAGAGGCAGUUUAUUAAGUACCGAGACACGUGGUUUUGUAAUGUGUUGUUUGACAGUGCGUUCAUCUGAAAUGGGAUGUUAUGGCUUUCUAUCUUCUCUAUUUGGGUAAAGUGGAGGAAGCGUCAUGUCGGUUGCUAGCUAGCAAGUAAUUCUACUAACUUACUCGUCCGUGGAAGUUUCCGUCGACCAGCAAAAUGAAAGUACGCUCGUCUGUUUUUGCCUCGUUUAUUUUAAUAUCUGAAGUGAUUGGCAUUGCCCUCUUCCUUCGGGGAUUUUUUCCUGUACCUGUCAAGUCUUCUCUCUCAUCCAAGAGCAAGCUGUCAGAUCUCCCAGCAGAGCCGCUGACAGGAAGCUCUCACAACUCCUCUCGCCUCCCCCAACCUCUUUUCAAAAAGGUGGUUAUAAUGUUAGUGGAUGCGCUCCGGGAGGACUUUGUAUUUGGACCCAGUGGUCGCAUGUAUAUGCCCUACACUAGACACGUGGUGGAAAGAGGCUCCUCAAACAGCUUUGUAGCCAAGGCAAGACCCCCGACUGUCACCAUGCCCCGGAUCAAGGCUCUUACCACUGGCAGUAUCCCAGGCUUCAUUGAUGUGGUAAUGAACCUGAAUUCUCCUGCACUGCUGGAAGACAACCUCAUUUGGCAGGCCAAAACAGCAGGGAAGCGGAUAGUGUUCUAUGGAGAUGACACCUGGGUGCGCCUCUUCCCCAAACACUUCAUGGAGUACGAUGGCACGACCUCCUUCUUCGUAUCUGACUACACUGAGGUUGACAACAAUGUGACUCGUCACUUGGAUAGCACCCUGAAGAGAGAUGACUGGGACAUUCUGAUUCUCCACUAUCUAGGCCUUGACCAUAUUGGUCACAUCAGUGGACCCCACAGUUCCCUCAUCCAGCCCAAACUGCUUGAGAUGGAUGACAUCCUGAAGAAGAUUCACAGCGCCCUCAUUUCAAAGGAGGCAGAGGGAUCCUUGCCCUACCUGCUGGUGCUGUGUGGAGACCACGGCAUGUCGGAGACCGGCAGCCACGGAGGCUCCUCAGAACCAGAAGUCAAUACGCCCCUGGUGCUCAUAAGUCCGGCCUUCAAAAGAAAAGUGGCGAUGGAGAAGCCUGGAGUUGUAGAGCAGGUUGACCUGACACCGACCCUGGCCCUGGGACUAGGCCUGCCCAUAUCUCAAAACAGCGUGGGCCGCAUCAUCCCGGGUGUCCUGGAGGAAACCUCUCUCCGAGACCAGCUUCGCUUCCUGCAUCUCAAUGGCCACCAGCUCAGCUGCCUGCUCAAAGACAGCAUGCCCGACUACGAGAAAGAGGCAGGCUUUGAGCAGUUCCGUGUGGCAGAAAAGGCUCAUGGGAGCUGGAUGAAGCUCUACCUGGAGGGCAACACCUCUGAGGUGCUGACCAACAUGGGCAAAAAGGUCCUGAAGCAGUAUCUGGAGGCCCUGGCUGCCAUGAGCUCGGCCCUCAGCAAACAGCUGGGCAAGUACGAUAUGUACUCCAUGAUCGCCGGCAUGGUGUUUGUGUUUCAGCUCCUGUUGGUCUUACUGCUGGCGAUGCCUGAAGCCCUCAGUGGUGAAGCAGCCGUGGACCUCCCAGUCCUCUCAGCCCUGCUCUCCCUCCCUUUCUACCUCUUGUGCCUGCUGCUCGCCUCAGUGCACGUCUUGGUGUGCACAUCUGCCGAGAGCUCCUGUUACUUCUGCAGCCUCUCCUGGGGUCUCGUGUUUGCUGCUGUUGCCUUCUCCUCUGCAAUGUUUUGUAUUCUGGUCUCUAUGGCAACACGGCGACUCCCCCUGGGAUCCAGGAUUCACGGGAAGUCUCCAUUGAGGAGCAGUGGCAGCGAGUGGUCGCUGUCAGAGCUGGAUGUUUUGCUGCUGGCCGGCACGGUCGGACACACUCUCAGCUUGGCGGCCAGCAGCUUUGUAGAGGAAGAGCACCAGACCUGGUACUUUCUGCUCAACACCCUAUGCCUCGCCGUCUUCCAGGAUGUUUGCCGCAAGUACUUCAGAGAGCAGAGAGGCGCUGGGGAUGAGGAAGAGCAUAUCCUCCCUUCCAAAGAGUGUCAUCCCUCUGCUCACCCCAAGGCAGAGAUUUGCUCAGAGAAGUGGCUAGCGUUAGCCACGCCGCCCUUCACUCUGCUCUGCUGCCGACUGCUGCGCUCCCUCAACCAGACCGGGGUGCAGUGGGCUCAUCUUCCUGACGUGGGACAUUGGCUUAACAGUUCUGAACACAGGACAGUCCUCUCCCUGCUGGCUGCUUUCUGUUUGGUUCUUAUCUACCUCUUGGUUCAAAGACGGUGCUCAUGGGUGUCCAAGGUUGCCCUCGCCCUCGGACUUCUGGGUGUCUACAGCUACCGGGCAGCUGUCGGCAACGUCUCGUUUCCCUGGCAUCACUCUGGUCAAGCUACGUCCAAGGGAACAGUGGAGGCACGCUUUGUUUACGUCUUCGUUUUGGGCAUCCUCUUCACGGGCACCAAGGACCUGCUGCGAUCCCAGAUCAUCACAGCAGAUGCCAAGUUGAAGAGCAGGGGAUUAUGGGAGAUCUACAGUGGCUUGGUUUUGUUGGUUUCACUGUUGUUUCGUGCUCACAACCUGCCAGUCCUCUGCUGCUGCCUGUUGAUCCAGACGCUCAUGGCUCAGUUCAUCUGGAGGAGACUCCAUUAUGACGCCGCCCAAACUACCAUCAUGCAUUACUGGUUUGGUCAGGCCUUCUUUUACUUUCAGGGCAAUUCCAACAACAUUGCCACCGUCGACAUUUCAGUCGGCUUCGUUGGACUGGAAAGUUACGUAGAAGCACCUGCCAUCUUCUUAACGGCCCUGAGCACUUACGCCGGGCCCCUGCUCUGGGCAUGUCACCUCGUCUGCUACCUUAGCUCCGAGAGAGACAGGAGCCCGGUUGCAGUUAGCCACGGCUGCUACUGUUUGGCCCUGCUGAGGUCUGUGCCAGCUGCAGCCUACAUUGUGCUGGUAACUGUCCUGCGGUACCAUCUCUUCAUAUGGAGCGUCUUUUCUCCAAAAUUGCUGUACGAGUCCAUGCACCUGCUGCUGACUGCAGGAGUCUGUCUCUUCUUCAACACGAUGGAGCAAAGCCACAGUUCCAGUAAGUCUUAGGGAGCCAAAGACGCACAUCUUCCCCUAAGGGAUUGCUUUAAGUCAAAGGGUCGGACACAGCCUCAUGGAAGUGACUGAUACACACUACAAUACGCUUACCCUCACUCUGUACUAUACUGAUCUGUUCACAAUAGGUGAAUAGGUGCUCCGCAAAGGCUCCGUCCUCUGGACUCUGUGUGUUUGGUUUGCAAAAAGAAUACUAUAAGAACACUUCUAAUGUAUUUUUGAGCAGUCUAUUUAAAUAUCCAUUCUUUCCACGGAGAAGAUGCUUGCGGAUGAAUAAAAGUGAAAUGAUGUAAAGCACCUAUUUGAAAGAGAAUAACAGUGUUUUUUUUACAUAUAUAUGCUGUAUAUUACCUCAGGGACACGUGUACAGUGAGCUACUUAGACUUAGAUGGGAGAGCAUCUUGUAAUUAGAGUGUGAACGUGCGAUAGCAGCAUAGUAACGACCUGCGCGCUCGCAGGUGUUUUCACUUAUUCUGGCUGAUUCGCAGUUGGGCCGAGCAAUGCUGGGAGUCACACGAGCUCACCGGAGUCAACAGGUGUUUGUCACAGAGCACAGUGUGAUGUGUCACAGGAGGAAAAGCACAGGUGUUCAUAACACAACCAGUGAUGGCGGUUUCAGUUCGGCUGCUGCAGUUUCAGGGUCCUGUUAUUGUGCACGUUGUUUCGCUGUCAUGGCUCACUGGCACACUUGAAUAAAACAGAGCCAUUGUUGAUGCCAUUAGCGGCAUUCGUGCUUUUCCUGCUGUGACAGGUCAAACUGUGAAAAAACAUCUAUGGGCUAAUUAUUAAGGUUCAAGUUGUCCUGGCCGAACAGGUCCAACAAAGAGAGCGCGAUGCUGCCCACACAGUCUAAUCAGGCAGCAGGAGAGAAAACACCUGUGUAGGUGUAACAAGGAGAUGCAGGGGGGGGGUUCAACGUGGGAGUUUUCAAGACAUUUGUUUCUUUCAGAAUGUUUUCAAUAUGCUGGUAAAAUGUUAUGUAAUCUUUUUUUUCCUGUUCUGUCUCACUCUCUGAAGUAUUUAACUCAACAUUGACGGAUGUUUUGCAAAUGGCCGACACAAAGCUGCUCUAGAUAUCUUUAUGUGUGUGUGUGUGUGUGUGUGUGGGCACACACACUGAUAUAAAGGUGAGCGGGUUUAUGGGCUCCGGUUUUGGCAAAGUGCAUCUUUUUAGUGCAAACAAAAGGCUUCUUAGAUACUUUAACAUCACAUGAGCAGUUAGAACUGUGGGCUUCCUGUUCAUAAUCUUCCUUUUAAGAUGGUUAGAUGCAUGGCUGAACAAUAAACCCAAAGUACCCAAUUACUAACAUUAAAAAUCUCCAACUGACCUGAAUUUUAUCAUAAUUUUCACUGCAUUAAUUAUCUGAUUCCCAUAAAUUAAACUCAGAAUGGCUACGACAACCCGUGACAUCUAGCCAGGGUUUCAGGCAGCCAAUCAUUUCACAGUUCAGUCCAGACAGCCAGAAUUAAACUGGUCGACAGGAAAUAUCAUGGUGUAUUAUGUAGUACAGAUUAUCAUUUUUGGUUGUUUCCUUCAGGUCUAACUGAGACCUUAUUAAUGCAGUAGCAAUUUUAGUAUCUUGGCAAGCAUCUGUGCUGCAUGUAAUGUCGACUGGAGAUCUGCAGCACAUCAAGAACACCAGACACACUGUUCUUUUUUUACAUUCAACCUGUUAGUUAUCAGGUCUGUGUUAGAUCAUGUCUAUAAAUGCAUUUCAUGGCGUAUUAUCUACUUAAUCCUACUGGAUUAAGUAAAACAGCCAUGCAUCUACUACAGCUACAACCACAGAAGAUGUGAACAAGUUAACUUGUUUUCUUUCUUUCCCACAUUGUUCAGCUGGAGAUACAGUCUGGAAUAAAACGCCAAAAUGACUUUGGUUGGUUUAUCUCGAAGCUCUGCUGCAGGAACGUAAUUCCCCUUUUUUUUUACUUGCUCUCUUGAUCCCGCUGAAUGCUUCCUCUAUGUACAUCAGGAUUUGGAUGUACAAGUCGUAUGAUUUCCAAGGUCUGGCAGUUCACUGCAGACUUGUAAACUUCUUUAACUUGUUUUCAGCCUGUUCCAUCACUAAGAAUCCCACCAAAGGAAAGCCUGCAUGAAAGCUGGCGCUCAUCUAAACCAAUAAGGGUAUAGAGCCAAAAGAGCAAACAGUGGGUUGCUGUCGUGGUGCUUAUGCGCACGCUUUAUUAUUAUAACAUCUCACUGAUUGCUUGGACUCCAUUUUAAACGUAAAAUCAAAGAAAAGUCUCAUAAUUGUGUCAGAAACUCACAUAUUUGUUAAUGUGUCGUAAAACAAUGUAAUGCAGGGGUGCAUUACGCAGCUGUUUGGUUGGGUUAUGGGCUUCUGUGAUGUCACUGAACAGGACUACUUCAAAGCUCCUUCCUGAUUCUAACACGCAGUUCUUACAUCAUUACCCUGUGAGAUUUGUCCAGAAAAAGACCACGUUUUAAAGAUUUUGUGCUAAAGCUAACAGUGUGCAACUUUCCGCCUCGGGGCAGAGAAGUGAAUCGUAAGUUCCCGCCCCAACACUUGUCACUCACCUUGAUGAGCUGUCUGCCCUGAAACAGCACCUCGCCCGAGGCUAAGAUCGCUGACUACCCCCCCCCCCCCCCCCCCCAAGCUGCCACAGGCGUCGGAGAAGCAGAUGCCAAAGCGAGAAAAAGGUGGAGGGUGGAGGAGGGGGUGGGGGCAAUGCUGAUGUUCAGCGUGUUUCCGACUAGAUUGUGCCUGAUGCAAGACGAGCUUCACACUUUGUUUUGCUGCUGUUGCCGUGACUCACCUUGACAGCGACCUCGGCGGCGACUGAACCCACAGAAAAUAGAGUUUAAAUGUCCUGAACAUCAUUUGAAAAGUCAGACAAAUAAGAGGAUUUCCGUUUGAAUACACAGGGUCAGUGACACAGACACACGCUGCAUGUGGAUCACCGCAGGUUAGCGGGUUCGCAUCAGAAGCAGGACGCGUUGAGCUGCGAGGCGGCUGAGCUCUGAGCUGAAUUGACAGCAUACUUUCGUCAAGUGCCUUUUCCUCCCUUCAGCUGAAUAAGGAAUAACAAUAACACAGACUUCAAAGUCUGAUAGAAAUAGUUUAUGAGCCGGAUAAUAAUCUACAUCACUCAUGUGGAUUGUUCUGUCAGUGAUGCUUCACAUCACUGACAGAACAUACAACACUAAACGCAUGCUAAAAUGUGAAAUGUAGCAGCUUUCCUUUGCUUUUAAUGGGCAACAUUAUGUAAGUUUCUCCUCUAAUUGUAAUGUUUUAAGGUGAUUUGGGAUGAUUUAAAAUGAACAGACGUUCAUUUUGUCCCUCUGCAUCUCCUCAGUUAGCUUGCACUAAACUGAAAACCUGUGAAACCACUUUAGUUCUGUGGAGUUUGAGAAGUUCUUUGGGGCACUGAGUUUGAUAAUAUCAUUAUAGUGGUCAUUUUUCUUGGUGCUGGCAGCGGAUUUGCUGCCAGCGGCCAACAAUGUGAUUUGUCCUUUCCUGUGGUUUUCCGUUGAUGAAGUUUGAGAGUCUGUAAGGGGUGUUUUUCUGUUGCUGUUUUUUUCCUUUGUCCCUUCAUAGUUCCUGGACUUUUCGUACAGCAGCGGCUAUGAGCUGUCGGCAGGUGAGAGUAGUUUUUAUUUAACACAAACGUCAUGGAACAUGAUUUAAAAGCAUGAAGUCAAAACAGCUGACCCAGACACUGGGUGUCUGGGUCAAAGUCACUGUGGUGAAGUCCGAUGAAAGUGCUCACAGAGAGAAAAUAAGUCUUGAUAAUAACUGCAGUUUGGUUGGAGUUUUUUAAGCUGAUCUAGUUUUUUCUUCUUUAAAACCUCAUGGCUCUUCAUGUAAAACCUGACUGCACCGGUGCAAGAAGAGGCCUCAAAGCAGCUUCUCACAAAUCUGAUGGGAUGACACUUUCUGUGUGAAAUCCUUCCUCUGUGUCCAAAUACCAGCCGGCCCAUGAAAUGGAUCAGAAUAAUCGUGGCGUCCACGUGGUUGAAAGCUUUUAAGCACGUGUUAGCGAUACAGUUAUACUUCUCAUGAAAAGUGAAUGGUGCAUUUUCUGCUACUUGUACGAUCCCUCAGUGGACAUGUCGACUGAAUUUAAAUUUUUUAUUUCAGGUCUGAGGGACAAAGAAUGAAUGUAGUUUGGAUCAUUGUGACAUCAGAUAUACAGCAAAUACUCUAGGUUUACAUCAGCCUUCACUGGUUUGUUUGUUUCACAAGAUUCUUUCCAGCUCUUUGCGCUUCCUGUUUAAUACAUAAAAUUUACUUAUAUGCUUAUUCUGGUAACAUCCCACUUGUUUUUAGUUUAUGGUAACUUUGCAGGCCAUCCUGUUUCUUUGUGUGUGUGCGUUUUCCACACUAUUUGUAUCAAGUGAUUUCCUUUUUUACUUGUGAUUUCUGUAUCCUCUGACUUUAGAGUUCUGCCUCAAAUGUGAAAUGAUGAAAAGUGGCAGAUAGCAUAUUUCCCAAAAUCAAUUUCUAUCAAGACUUACUCUUGCAUUAUUUAUGUUCUUAAUGAUGAAAUAAAUCAUUUACCACACUA